AUGGAUAAUGAUCAAUCAUUUGAUAAUAUUAUUGGUGAAGUUAACAUAUCAUUUGAGUAUGAAGAACUCUAUAAUUUUGAUGAAAAUUUUCUCGGUGUUAGUUGGGUAUGGAAAUAUACUCAUUGUGAUAAAAUAACCAAGAUUAAAUAUUGUGAUGUUUGUAUAGAUAAUGAUGAUGGUACUUCUAAAAGAUGCCUAGAGGCACAGCUGUCUGUAUUAUCAACCACAAUUCCUACACCAACUACUCAACAAACAAUUGAAAGAGUGAUACAAAAUCAUAUAGAAAAUGCUUCGCCUCUUCCUGAACAACAGCAAAAUUGUAUUACCUAUCAUCUUGUUGCUUGGAUAGUUAAAGAAAUGAUACCAUUAAAUUGUAUCAAUCAUGAUCAGUUCCAAGACUUUUGUUAUGAAAUUAAUAAAUAG